UCUUGGCGAGUUUAAAACCAUCCAGACCGGGCACGACGCCACAUAUCGCAACGGGAAUUGUGCAAAUUGUUUUUGUGACACUAUCGGCAAACAAUAGCAUUAAGCGUUGAUAAGAUGAAAGUGUAUCUGUGUUGUGCGGUGGUGAUGUUGGCGAUUCUUGCCAUCGAAGCUUCUCCAGUUGAGUACGAGGCAGCCGUCGAAGAUCCUUCACUGGAACCGCAGGCCAUCAACCUGGAGGACAUUAAUGUGGCGUACGAUCAGGGAGCAGAUAGUGAAGCAGUUCGUGAGAAACGCCACCACCGGUACGGUGGUUACUACGGUGGAUAUGGAGGAUACCGUGGAGGAUACGGAAGCUAUGGCGGAUAUCCGGGAGGCUACGGCGGUGGGUAUGGCUUAUACGGAAGUCACGGACACCACGGGCACCACGGACACCACCACGGGCACGGUGGAUAUGGCCCAGGAUACCAAGGAUACGGAGGAUACGGCCAAGGAUACGCAGGAUACGGUGGUCUUGGUGGACUCUUUGGAUAAAUUUGGCAGCCUACU